AUGCGUUGCAACUACUAUGGAAACUCCUGUGGAAGCCAUGGCUAUGGCUCAGGCUGUGGCUAUGGCUUAGGCCGUGGAUAUGGCUGUGGCUAUGGCUCUCAUUGUGGCUCUAAGUGUCGUUACGGCUCUGGAUAUGGAUAUGGCUCUGGAUAUGGACAUGGCAGUGGCUAUAGCAGUGGCUAUGGCUGUGGCUACGGCUCUGGAUAUGGAUAUGGCAGUGGCUAUGGCUGUGGCUAUGGCUCUGGAUAUGGAUAUGGCAGUGGCUAUGGCUCUGGAUGCUACGGAUACAGGCCAUUCUACUACAGAAGAUGCUCUUCUUCUUGCUGCUAA